CUCCAGCCCAGCCCACCUGCCGGAUCACACACCCACAAUCAUGCCGACCUAGAACUGCGACCAGCAGUUCUCAGUGCUUCUGCCAGCACCUCGGACAGGGGAAGGUACCCAGAUGGGGCUCUGCUUUUUGCUUUCCCAUCUUGUGCACCAGCCAGCCGUCUCCGACGCCCGGCCGAUCAUCAUGUGUGCGACCGCAUGGCUCUUGGACCAAGUUGAACCUGCGAUCAUGGGCAAAGGCGGGGAACCUACCUUACACCCGCUACCGACAAAGUACCGACCUGUACACUUUCCAAGGCUCCUGGCCGUUGUGAUUGUGGGAGCUGCGAAAGGAUGGGCACGGGACAGGAACGGACGGCACUUGUCUACCUUAUUACUUGCCCGUCUGCCGUCUUUCCAACUUUGCCUUACGUGGUACCUCCCUUCGGACGGUACCUUCUUAUUACCUUUAGUACCUGCCGUCCCAUGUACCUUAGCUCACACCCUCCUUGAAGCUGUCGUGUUAAUGGCCAACUACUACCCCAGACGCAAAAUCCCCCGAGCUUAUCGCCUUGCUCUCCCUCAAAGACCCUAUUUAGAACGGAGGUAACGCGAGACUGAGAUGCCAGAGACAGCCCGGCCAACCAUCAACAGAAGCAACAGAGCUCCCCGCACCUAUCAUGGUCCCAUCACUCCCGGCCGAGCCGACCAGCAGUGUACCUCAAAUCAGAUCAAGGCAAGGUACCACGCUGGUGCAGCCAAGCAUUCUAGCCCUGGCGCCUCUGCGCGGGGGCGGCGGCGCCAAGGGAUGAUUUG